AUGGAAGAUGGAACACUGUCACUCCCAAGUGUAAAGGUAAGCGUUCAUUCUUGUUUUCCAUUUCCAAAAUAAAAGCUUGUGUUGAUUUUGGAAGUUAAUGUUAUUUUCAACUUUGCAACUUUUUAAAUGACGUGGCAAAUUUUGGUAAUGGCUGCAAAAUGAAUUAUGUAGCCCGCAACUUUGAACAUGUAAAAGAAGGAUUCACUCGUGAGCGUCUAUUCAAGUUGCAGGCUAAAGCUUUACUUGAUACCCUUCAAUCUUCAUUUCUUGUAUUGCUUUAUUAUAUGUAAACGGCAACGGCUAAAAAAUUAACCACACUUUAAUUAAUACGAUAGCUGUCGAGUGCGGUGAUCCUGGCAAACCGACAAAUGGAGAGAAGAUUGUCAAGAAAGGCUACGUCUAUGGUGGAUCGAUCAGUCAAGUUUGUUUGUGACAAGAAUUACACUCUAGUGGGGACUGAUGUCAUAUAUUGUCAAGCUAAUAGGAGUUGGAGUUCCUCUGUUCCAAGUUGCUUAGGUUAGUUUCAUGGGUGUGCGGAGAGACUCGAUUAAAGAGAAUUAAGGACACUAGUCUCACUAUUUUUUUUUAAAUACUACUGAAAAUUUGAAGGCAGAGUUUGAUUUGAUGAUGGUCGAAGACAUUUAAUUUCUGUAGAAUAGGGGUAGGAAAUUAGGGCUUUUAAUCAAUCCGUAAUCUAGUUAAUUAUUGUUCGAACAAUUUUAUUUAGAGAACUCGUACUGCAGUAACGAAACAAUUCAGACAAGCAAUAUAUUUGAAUUAUAUAUGAAUUUGUGUCAUAAAAAAAAAAAAUGUUGCCUUACAGUCUUUUUUCUCUUGUUAAAGCUGCCUGUCGAUCGCCUGGUGAUAUAAAUCAUGGCCUGAAAAUCGGCAAUAACUACACCCACGGAAUAACAGUUCGAUACUUUUGUAACCUUGGGUACACACUUGAAGGCGAGGCUCAACUGGCUUGUGAGGACGGAAGAUGGAACACUGAUAUUCCCAAGUGCAAAGGUAAAGAUCAUUGUUGCUCAAACGGCUUUCCCUUAUGUUUAUUUAAAAACUUGAGCUUGUUUUAUAAACUGUCUAGUCCAGGGACCUGCGUUUCUGGAAAGUCUCAGUAGUGACCUAUCCGGGAAAUCGGUGUGCUUUAUCUUUAGGAAUUUACUGUAAAGUUCGAGGUUAUAAUAGUUUUAAAAGAGGUGUAAAAAAAGCUAUCAGCUAAAGAAACAAAUAAGAGACUGGUUAAUUUAGGGACUCAGGUUUUAAUUCAAGAAAAUGGCUUUAGGUAGGCUGGAAAAUUUAUACAGGGAAAUAUCAUACAGGGAAAAAGCAGGUGAGAACGCGAGCUGUUCGCGGUCUUCUUGUUUUCCAAAACAAAAGCUUGUGAUGAUUUUGGAGCUUAAAGUUGUUGAUGUUGUUGUUUUUGUUGUUCAAGUUUAAAUAUUACGUAACAAGUUUUUGUAAUAGCCGCAAAAUAAAUAAAUAGGCGCUCAAAUUUUAACCGUUAAGAGGAUUGUUAACUCGUGUGCAUCUACCCCAGUUUUAAAACGUUUUCCCAUACUUGUUUUUUUGUAAUAGAUAAAGGUUAAAAAUUUAGCUCCCUUGCAAUUAUUAUAGCUGUUGAGUGUGGGGAUCCUGGCAAACCCGCAAAUGGAAGGCAGAUUGUCAAGAAAGGCUACGUCUAUGGUGGAUCGGUCAAGUUUGUUUGUGACGAGAAUUACACUCUAGUGGGGACUAAUGUUAUAUAUUGUCAAGCUAAAAAGAGAUGGAGUUCCUCUGUUCCACGUUGCUUAGGUAAGUGUUAUUGGUAAGAGAAAAUAAAAGACUUUAAUCCCGCUGACUGAUUUUAUCCAAACAGUUUUUAAAUAUAAAAAAAAAUGAAAAAUAAAAAAAAAAAAAAAAAAACAGUUACAUUUCCUGGUCGUUAAAAAAUGAUCUAUACACAAAUUAGAAGUGAAAUAUUGUAGUGUUUAAACCAAAAACGUUCGACAAUAGACGACGAAAGUUUGUUGUUUCAACAAAUUAACUUAUUGUCACACGGCCGUGUACAAAACUUUAUCUCUAAUCUGAUCAUGCUUUUUCCUUUUUUUGGCUUCGUAAGACCGGCGUACGUCGGAGGCUCCCCUCUGUAACUUUAAAACAGAUCAUGGCAAAUCCACCAAAAUUAUACCUAAUAAAUAGAUGCACUCAUCAUUUUCAACAUCUAGGGAUAACUGACGUAAUUUGACGUACUUAUGACGUGACAUUCGUAAGUUAUAAGCAAAACCCACAUUUUAUCUUUUCAUUUUUUCCCUAGGAGUAGCCAUAAAGAGAGAAAUGUUAAAAUAGCGAAAUGUCUGAAUAAAUCAUGAAGUUGGCUAACACAGUGAUAAUCUUUAACAAUAGCAGUGACGUCAUGAUGACUUUGUUUAUUACUAGAAAACGAACUGGAACAACGACAUGUUGAAUCUUCAAUUUUGAAUUAAUUUUACUUAAAACCUGUACAAAUCGAAGAAACCGUGAUAUAAAAUAUGAUCUGUGUAUUAAAAUAUGCUUAAAAAGCCAAACUAAUAAAAAAAUAAUGAUAAAUAAAAUUAAAAAUACAUGUAAUUGUAAAAGUAACAGUAAAAAAAAAACUCCUACCAAUUAACAUUGUUCACAGGAGAAACUGAAGACAAUGCUUUCAUCAAAAGGUUUGGAUUAGACUAACCAUUAUUGUAAACAAUUAGAAUGAUUGCCCCCGCAGGGAUUUCGCCCAGAAGGCGAAAUCCCGAGGAGGCACUCUAGUAACUCGCGCGUUUAUUAAGUAAAGUACUUACAGUUGAAAUAUACAGUCAUACAGUCAAUAUAGAAAAAAUCUCGAUUUGCUUGAACAGGGGCCGCGAGGAAUCGGUAGGUAAUGAUGACGUUUGUAUUGUUUGCGCCCGCAAGUACGAAAUGGUUAGGAUGACGUAAAGACAGAACUCAUCGAUUACUCAUUGAUCAUCGCCAAUAAUCAAUGACUAAUCAACUGAUUACUCAUCGAAUACUCAUUGAUUACCAAUUGAUGUCAUUGAUCAUCGAUUGGUUAUGUCUGGUUAUUGUGCAGCCAUACUUCGACACUCUUUUGCGUUACGUGUUAUCAGUGACAUUCUGUGGAGCAGUUGUUUCAGUGAAAGUUAUGGACCAAAAUUUUAACGACACUCGUUAAGCGCAGAAGAAGUUAUAAGGUGUGUACAACUGUGUAUAUAUAAACACUUGGAGAGUUUGCCAGACACGAGUUCACAAGUCUUUCAUCGGAAACCUUGCCAGACACUCUUUCUCUCUCUUUGACCGGAAUAAGACUCAGCCCCAAACAAGCAAGACGUGUGAACAACGGCUAGCUUCUCACAUCAGAACGAUGGAAGAUUACAGAAAUUCGUCGAAAAUCAAAUUCUGUGCUUACUUAUUCCCUGCUCACAGAUGUCCUUCCGCUAUAAAGUUUAAAAUAAGACUAGAAUGCGCAAGUGUGUAUCGCUCCGAAACGUCCUUUUAAUUUCUAAAGCUUCCUUUCCGGCAAAUAAAGUGAACUGAAUGUAAAAAGUGAAAGAGAAAUAGCGAAAUAUUCAACUUCUGAUUAAAUCUUUUCUUAUGGUUUAGAAUAAACUAUUCUCGAAACUGAGAAUGUUUUGAUCAAAGCUGUGUAAAUCGACCUGAAACUGUGCAUGGAACCUUGCGUUUCCUGUAUUUUUCUCACCUAUUGUAUGGAAUAUGUGUGAAAACGGUUAAUUUCAAAGAGCUACACAACGAGCAAGAAUGCUAUUGCCCGACAAUAUACAGAGCGGGUGAAGCUGUGGUGUCAACUAUUACUAGUUCUAAAUUGAGCGUGAUACACCAAUUCCGACUGGUAAACUCGUGUUUCCGCAAUAGUUACAUCCGAUUACGUUAACGGAAACAUGAAAUUGACUUGUUUCCGGAACGUUUUCGCGUGUUUCCGCAAGGAUGCCACGCAUUUAUGCUUCCGGAAACACGUGUUUCCUUAGACGGAAAUUUGACGGAAACGUAUAAAAAAGUUGUACGUUUCCGCCGAAACCGCAGCGACGGAAACACGGGUAAACGUAAUGUAUCCGCUAACGGAAACAUGUGAUUACCGUCAUGUUUCCGCAACGGUUUUACGUGUUUACGUUAAGUUUCCAUUUACGGAUUCUUGAAAUUUCGUCCUGUGAUACGGAAACCUUGAAAUAAAUCAUGUUUUACAGAAAAAGGCAAAUUUUGUAAAACAACGCUGUUAAACCUCGGCUGCCAGUUGGUAACGUCAAAGUUGACGUACAGGUCGCUAUGAUUUUAAUUAAUUUUCUUAUAGAUUAUUUUUAGGAAAAUUUGCUAAGUUUGCUGUCCUAGUUUGAACCAUUUUGAAGAUACUCACUGUUUAAAUUUUUGAGGUCGUGAAACGGCACUAAAUAGUCUAAACAAGGUAGAUGCAAAAUCGAGAUUCACGAUCAGCCAAUUAGUUUCUUUUGUUCCCUUACUAUUUUCUGUUUCUCUUACGCUUUAUUUUUUCUUUUUUGAUUAUAUAAGCAAACUGUCGCUCACCUGGUGGUUUAAAUCAUGGUCUUAAAAUCGGUAAGAACUACACGCACGGAAAAAUAGUUCGAUACUCUUGUAACCUUGGGUACACACUCAAAGGCGAGGCUGAACUGACUUGUGUAGAUGGAAGAUGGAACACUGCCACUCCCAAGUGUAAAGGUAAGCGUUCAUUCUUGUUUUCCAAAAAAAAAAAAAAACGCUUGUGUUGAUUUUGGAGGUAAAGCGGGUUGUUUUAUUUCCAACUUUUCAAAUUUCGUGGCAUAUUUUGGUAAUGGCUGCAAAAUGAAUUAUAUACCCCACAACUUUGAACUGUUAAAAGAAGAAUUAACUCGUGUGAGUCUAUUGAAGUUGCAGUCCAUGGCCAAAGCUUUACUUGAUACCCUGCAAUCUUCAUUUAUUGUAUCAGUCUAUUAUAUGUAAACGACAAAAGCUGAUGUACUUAUUAUAGCUGUUGAGUGUGGUAAUCCUGGCAAACCAACAAACGGAAAGCAGAUUGUCAGGAAGGGCUACGUCUAUGGCAGAUCAGUCAAGUUUGUAUGUGACAAGAAUUACACUCUAGUGGAGACUGAUGUUAUAUAUUGUCAAGCUAAUAGGAGUUGGAGUUCCUCUGUUCCACGCUGCGUAGGUAGGUGCCAUGGGCAAGUGUGGAUUUCCACUACUGCUUAUUAAUAAAUUUUACGUGCGGAUACUUAGGCGCGUAAAUGAAAUACAGCCAAUAUACAUGUAUGAAGUGUCGGGCGUAAAUGUAAACGUUGAUCGAAGUUCAACUUUUACGUUUAGGCGUAACCUCUCAUACAUUGCCUCUUAUUAAUUUUAUUCACGCACGUAAAAUGAACGCGCGUAAACUGUAACAAUUAGGCAACAGUGGAAAUCCACCCUAAGAGAAAAUAAAAGACACUACGCCUCAGUAGGUUUUUUUUUUUAUUAUUAUUAUUUUUUCCAGGGCUGCUUGAAAGUAAGAACAACAGUGAGAUUUGACGGUUCUGGAAACAUUCAAAAGAAAAAAAAAAAAUGAAAACUGUAGCUUUUUACCAAUACGUAUACUUAAGUUGAGAGUUGGAGUACUGAAUAAAAAUAAGUUGGAUUGAAAAAAACGAAAAAAAGGAACAGUUCAAUCACUUAGUUUAUUAUGAAAUUGUGGCUUAAAGUACAACUCUUUAGUUAAUUUACUUUUUUUAUUUUGCUAAGUUUGUUUGUUUUUCUGUUUGUGCUUUUCAUUUUUUAAUUAAGCUAACUGUCGAUCACCUGGUGAUUUAAAUCAUGGUCUUAAAAUUGGUAGCAACUACGCGCACGGAAAAACAGUUCGAUACUCUUGUAUCCUUGGGUACACACUUGAAGGCGAGGCCGCGCUGACUUGUGAAGAAGGAAGAUGGAACACUGAUACUCCCAAAUGUAAGGGUAAACUAUUGUUUAGAACUGAGUUGCUUGCGUUGGUUAGGGAUUAAGUUGUUCUAUUUAAGUGUGCAUGCCUUUGCGUUGUACAAAUGGUGAUUGUGACUGUUCACUAUAAUAACCGUCUCUACGUUAUUGUUCAUUUCAUGUUCGAAAAUUUAAAAGAAAAUUUUAAAAACCCUCACCACUAAUCAAUUGGACAGAAUUUCAUUCUUAAUGUAGAUUAUAAAAACAAUCAUUUGCACGUAGCCUGAAAGGAAUAAAUGUCGUAAACUUUUGUUAUACGUACAAAAUAUAUGAGUCCAUUCAAACACAAUUUAUCUCGUGCGCAUCUUUUCAAUUUGUGGUCUACAUUGUGCUCAAAAUCAUGUUGUAAUUCUAUGUCUGGUCAGUCGUAAACAAUAGUUAUAUGCCUUGUCAUUUUAUUAUAGCUGUUGAGUGUGGUGAUCCUGACAAACCCACAAAUGGAGAGCAGAUUGUCAAGAAAGGCUACGUCUAUGGUGGAUCAGUCAAGUUUGUCUGUGACAAGAAUUACACUCUAGUGGGGACUGAUGUUGUAUAUUGUCAAGCUAAUAGAAGUUGGAGUUCCCCUGUUCCACGUUGCUUAGGUACGCCCUAUCGACCUGCGAAGAAUAACAAAAAAAUAAACAGAACUUUCAAAAUCUGUAUGGACUCAUGCCUAAAUGCACUUGUGAUAUGUCUUGAUAAGUUUGUGUUAGUCCUGAUUUCGAUUCUGCCAGUAAAUUCUAUAAAAGUGUUUUUUAUCAAUUAUGCACACGUUCAAGUAACUCAAGUAAGUAUAUUGAAAACAAAAGCAUCGUCUGUAUCUUUUCCCUUUUUUAGAUCGAAGAUAAAAAGUAAACUGGUCGAUAUCUUACUAGAUCGAAUAAUAUUAAUCGUCGCAGAUUAUUAAUUUUCAAACGUCUUGGGGUUUUCUUGCUUAUUUGCAUGUUCUUAGCUAUUUAUUUACCUUUAAUUAAUUAAUUAAUUAAAUGAAUGAAUGAAUCAUUAAUUUGGUUAAUAAAUAAAUAAAUAAAUAUAUUUUUUCUGAAUUAAGCUUCCUGCCCAGAACCUGGUCGUAUAAAACACGGUAAUAAAAUCGGACAAAACUACGGACACGGUAAAACAGUCAGAUACAGAUGUAAUUCUGGAUACACACUUGAAGGCGAAGACAGACUAACUUGCGAUGAUGGAAGAUGGAAUUUGGAUACGCCGAGAUGCAAAGGUAAAUAUGAUUGUUUAUAAAUAGCGAGUUUUACUUCAUUUGUUAAGUAGAGAAAUCUGCUUUGAGCCGCUGUCAAGAGUACUCUCUAUCUCACGAAGAAGUUAUGGUGAGUUACCUAGGAUGUCAUAAAUUUGCUAAAUUUAUUUAAUAUUUAUAAUCUUUUUGCUAAAAACAAGCUUAAUUUGAUUUAUUGUAGAUGGACCUCACAGAAGAUGCGCCAAACUGCUUCGACGUCUCCGAAAGAUUCCACCUCAAAACACCAUCAUUGCUAUCAACAUUCGCCUCUCAAAGGCAAGAUACCGUUGUCGUAAAGGAUUCGUUUUGCUGGGGAAGAGUAUGCGAACUUGCAAGGGAGGAAGAUGGAUUGAAAGGGAGGAGCCCAAAUGUUUAGGUAAUUAACUAUUUACUGUAUACGACUGUAUUUUAAUUGGAAAGUAGGCGUCUGAGAAAUGAGAGGAGCAAAUUAAAAAAAAAAAGGGGCGGUGUCUUUGAGAGAAAACUUUUUGUCUCGCCCGUAUUUCGUCUGUACCUGCAACGCAGACUAUUGUAUUUAUAAGUGAGUUUUUCAUUCGUUUUAACGUGAUUGCCAAAUAAUCUUCAAAUAUUCAAAGGGCAAGUGCACGCGAAAUUAAAAAAAAAAAAAUGUUUUGUGGAUUUUCUUAAAUGCUAAUUUUUGAGCACCAUCAAAAGAAAAAUUGUCAAUUUUUGUCAAUCAUUUGGAAAGAAAAAAACUAAUGCAUGCAAAGUAGGUUGAAAACUUACGGUAAUCUAUGAAAGACGUUUCUGUUGUAAACUCCGUUGCCUUUCCUCGUUAGCUGGAAACUUUUGCACUCCGAAUAGCCCACGAAAUGUCACAAGAUACCUUUAAGGCUCCAGUUAUUUAAAUUACACUAUGAUUUAUUGAUCAUUUGCAUGUUUCUUUGUUUGGAACUGUUGGCUAGUUUUUUUAUCCUUCUUGUAUUCAUUGCUUUUUCAGGCUACUCCUCUUGCGGCGUCAGUCCAGUAGAUUUUAGGAGUCGUAUUGUUGGUGGAAAGAACUCUAAAAAAGGAUGGUGGCCAUGGCAUGUUGGAAUUUACAAUGCCCGAGGCCGUGGUAAUGGUUGAAGCAAAGCUAAUUGGUCAUUUCCACUUAGCUUUACAGAGACUUAUUUUAUUGGUCAUAGCAAGGUUGUGCGGGAAACUAUAAGCCAAACUUCGUUUCCUCAAAACAGUCCCAUCGUACAGUUCGACACAAAAACGACCCACUCCUCAAGCGCAACCUCAAAAUGACCAAUAAAACGCUAAAUGUUUAUUUAAGUUCCCAUUUUACUCUCAAAAACGAUAAUGUUGGUGCCCAAAUCGCAUCAAAAAUGCUUUUGCUUUUCUGUCUGGCUUAAACAUCUUGAAAAUGUAUUUAUAACUCGCGGUACCUGAUGAUUUCUGCAAGAUUUACGUUUGCUCGGUAUUUGGUUAAGGUUAACUUUAGGGUUAAUAUUUGACAGUUAUUGAAUAAUGCUGAGCUUGAUAUAAAGAAUUAGUAAAAUUCUACUAGUGGUCUAUUAUCAAUGCUGCGUUCCGAUUGGUUUUAGCUACUACUAGGCUAUAUGUUAUGGCCCACUAGAAGCGAGAAGCGCCGACUUUUUGGCGGUAAAAAAGGAUUAAAGUCAAGCUUUAACUAGCUACAUUUUUUAGUCUCGAUAUUUUUGACCAAUUACUUGGAUUUUACUAAAAAAAUUAUUCCUCUCGCCCUCAUGACCUCUGAGUCAAUAGCGCAUUCGGCCUUCGGCCUCAUAGGAGGAAUAAUUGUUAAUUAUUCAUACUCGCGUGAGGAAUAAUUGUUAAUUAUGCUGAUCGAGGUAGAUAUAAGCCUCCGAGAUUCGCAUAUUUCUUCAUAUCAUACGAAACCCGAAUUCAACACCCUUAUCUCCUAGUAGACUUUCAUCAAAAUAUCCGCCUACUUCUCGGUACAGCUGCUGCUGCUUCUUCUUCAUCAUCAUCAUCAUCAUCAUUUUUGUACUUUUUGCCCUUUCUUUGCGUUUGUUCCUGUUCAGUUUUAGCAAGUGAUUCGGCUUUUCAGAUGACGUUUUCAACCAUUUUAUUCAGUUCACUUAUGGCAAAACACCGUAAAUAAGGUUACGCACAGCCGCUUGGAAACGAGGUUGUGAUAAUGCAUUGCGCAAUAUACAUUUGAAUCGAUUGUACAUCGCCUAUUUCUUCCAAAUUAUGGCAAGCGCCGACUUGUUAUGAAAAAUUAGCCGUGAGAUUUGAGCGAAUCAAAAACGACGAAAUGCUUUGAAUGAAUAAUAUAAAAUAAUUAUGCAAAUCAAGUAAGGUGUUAUAUUAACAACAUGCACCUUUCGGCUUCGUAACUAGGUUUCAGUGGUACUUCACAAAAUUUUUUCAAAAACAAAUAAAUAAAUAAAUAAACACAGUGUCCUUAACUUGGAAUACCAACUCUAAUAUUUGUUACCUUCGGUUUCUUCAGAUGAGAAUAUUAAAUAAACUCUUCAUCAGUUGUUUCCGGAACUUUGGUAUAGUAACUUUUCAAUUGCGGAGAAAGCUGCACUGUUACGUAAAAUUUUUCAUCUUGGUUCACUUAGAGAACAUCGAACGUAGCUGGAUCAAAACUUCCUCAAAAUACGUAUUCAUGACUCCCUUUAUUGAAAGUUUAGUUUUUGAAUGGAAAGAUACAACAUUUGAAUUUUUAAGGUGUGCUUUGUCGCUGCUGAGGUGUCAUUGUUUACAUUUACAACAAAUAAGUUCGUAAAGAAAUCUAGGAAAAGUAAAAUGUACAGAGUCUCAAUAGUACAGAGGACAAAAAAACAACAUAUAUAACAUUUAAAGUGAUUGAGUGAAUAAAAAUAUAGCUGGUCAAAGCCAUUGUCUUAAAAGUGAAACUGGAGUACUUAUACGGCUCCUUUUAAUUAAGCCGCAUGAUAGUACUGCAUCAAUGUCAAAACAGCAGCAAUUUAACUUCCAACACCUUCUAUACAAGUGCUUUGAACCUAACCAUGACAACCUUCUCCUCACCAUUUUGAUCCUUUUUAUACAAAUAUUGAAUUUGAAUUACAAAGUUGAUGUCCUUUAAUUAUCUAUAACUAUCUUUCUUCGUUACAAUUUUCUCGCUAUCUUUAGUACAGUUGAACCUCGUUCUACGGAGGCCCGCUUGAUACGAACACCCGUAUAUAGAUAGCGGACAGUUUCGUUUGUCCCGACGAAAAAAAGGUCUUAAUAUAUUUUCUCUAAAAUUAACCCGCUCAUUACGGACACCAUGGCAUGUCCCGUAGUUUGUCCAUAUCGACCGGGUUCAACUGUAUUACCAGCGAGAGUCAGGAGAGGAAUAUCCUCUCUCUGGCGAGAGCUAUUUUAGAUUUAUUUUCUCUUCUUUUCUUUUCCUUUUUGUUGUUGUCCUUCAAAUAUUUCACAUGAAUAACAAAGUUCGCUUCUCCUUGGGUAGUAGUCUUGAUAAUCUUGUGUCUACAGUUCAGUUUAGAAAAUCGUGAAUGCGAAAUCAGUGAUCAUUUACAGUAUAAUAAUGAACACCGCAACGGAUCAAAUUCUGGACCGGUAGUCUUAGAAAAUAAAAAAAACAAAUGAUUAAAUAAAUAACUAAUUUCUGGCUAUUUUUUUUUUUAUUCUUUACCUAGAUCCUCUAAAACCUGCUUCUAGUGGUGUACUGAUUUCUCCUCGUUGGGUUCUGACUACAGCAUCGCGUUUCUCGGCUUAUUUAAGAAGGAAGCUCCGAUUAAACAAUAACUAUGCAGAUGGGUAAGUGCUAGGGGUCAUUUUUUCUUACUGAAAUGCACCAUCCAGCUAGGUUAUUCAUUCACCCACCCACGUUGAAAGCCCAAUAAGCAGAGUACUUAGUCAGAACAUAAAACGAAAGACUAAAAUGUCAAAUGCAUAUGAUCCUAAACGAACACAUUUUGUAAUUUAUUAAAAUUACACAUUCAAAUUUCGAAACAGAAAUUGCUGGAAUGACGAAAUCCGAUGACGACGUUUCCACUAAAAUAUUUAGAUUUUAUGCACUUUUAAUUAUAUUAUCACCAAUAUCCAACAGUCGACAAUGGCAUCAUUGUAUAAAAAAGGAAAAUAGCUUGCUUGCAGGCUUGUGCGAUAUGGGAAGGUGCAAUCGUUACUUAGUCUCUAAAAAGAAUUAUUCUUGCUUCUUCCAAACUGCACUCAAAAUCAUGUGAUUACGUCAUUCUAAUCAAAUAGCAUCUUUAUUCCCUCAGGUACUUUCUACAAAUAGGUGACCACAAUUUAUUACAAAAAGAGGAGUCCGAGCUCAGAAUAGGUGUAGAAAACAUUUACAUUCAUCCGAAUUUCACGCAUGCUACAUACGAUAAUGACAUAGCUCUCAUCAAACUCAGAACAGAGGUCAAGCUUGGUAAGUUUGUGCGAACCGUGUGCCUCCCACAAAAGCAAGAGGGCGAUUUGGCGAUUCCAAGAAAAUACGGUUUAGUGACUGGUUGGGGAGCAACAAAAGCCUUAAAGAUUGGUCAGGUACUUACGUAUACUGACACGUACCUACAAUACUCUUCUUUCAUGAUUCAAGAAGAUCAGAUUUGUCAAAGGAGCACGUCGUACCGUUUUAACUCGUCAGUAACCUUCUGUGCAGGUGACGGAAAAGGUGGGAAAGAUACCUGCAAUGGUGACAGUGGAGGACCAUUUGUUCGAGAGUCAAGAAGAGAGGGCGGAUACAGAUGGAUCGCUACUGGCCUUGUUAGCUGGGGGGAGGGGUGUGCGCAAAAAGAUAAGUUUACUUUCUACACCAGAGUGUAUCCAUUCAUUGACUGGAUUAAGAAAACUAUGGAUGAAGGUUGA